AUGAGAAAGGCGAUCGUGAUUGCCUUCCUACGUCGAUGGUUCAUCCGCCGCCGCCUGGCCAAGGAACUCUUCGCCAGAGAGAUGGAGUACCACUACCUCGACUUCGUCCACAAGACACCAAAGAGGACGUCCAUCCUCAGUGGUCCUCUCUGGGUGGACGAACUCCACCUGUUUGCCGCAAUGGGCCUGGGAUCUCUCUUGAGUUCCAUGGAGCAGGGCAUGGUCUUGGCUCUCCGACGGCACGGAUUGAGCAUCCGAGCCAUAGCUGUCGAGAUUUCUCGAUCAACAAAGGCCGUCCGCACUUUUCUGAAAGACCGGAGCAGUAUGGAACAAGGUUUAAAGGAAGAAAGGCAGGCCAUAUCAUCGGACGGGAGUACCGUUUGCUUGAUCGUGAGGCAUCCAAGACAGGCUUAUCAGCUCGAAGCCUUAAGACUAGUCUCAAUUUGGAUGCCUCUCUUCGAACAUGCCAACGGCGUCUCCUCCAAGCCCCCAACCUCAGCUAUGUGA